CUCCGACUACUUCUGUUUUCUCCGGCAAUGUCGUUGAAACUCAACACUCCUUUUCCAAUUUUCGCGCCAUCUCUAUUUCCUAAUCAUAACCCAAGAUCGCCCAGCGAGAUCCGAUUCUCCAGGUGGGGGAACGCUAAUGCAGAGCGGUUCGAGCAGCGUCGCCGGAGCCAAGAAGAGCUCGAGGCUGAGAUCCGUCGCGACCGCCGAUUCGACGCCGCUACUAAAAUCGUCCAUACACAUGAUUCCGAAGCUGCAGCUUCUGAGCCUAAGACGUCACCGUUUAGAUCAAGAGGCACUCCUUCACUUCCCUCUGCUCGUUCGAUUCCGGGUCGGAGAUCCAAAUACUCCAAACCCGAUUCAGGACCCAAUAAACCCAAGAACAAACCUAGAGUACCCGAUUCGCCGCCGCAAUUAGACGCUAAGCCAGAGGUUAAGCUAAGUGAAGAUGGAUUAUCUUACGUCAUCAAUGGAGCUCCUUUCGAAUUCAAGUACAGUUACACGGAGACGCCAAAGGUUAAGCCUUUGAAGCUUCGUGAGCCUGCUUAUGCGCCUUUUGGGCCUACGACGAUGGGAAGGCCAUGGACUGGUCGUGCUCCGCUUCCUCAGUCGCAGAAGACGCCGAGAGAAUUCGAUUCUUUUCGAUUGCCUCCGGACGGAAAGAAAGGGGUGAAACCGGUGCAGAAACCGGGUCCUUUUCGACCCGGGUUGGGUCCAAGAUAUGUUUAUACGAAGGAGGAGAUUUUAGGAGAGCCAUUGACGAAGGAAGAGAUUAGAGAGCUGGUUACUUCUUGCUUGAAGACAACAAGGCAAUUGAAUAUGGGCAGAGAUGGUUUGACGCAUAACAUGUUGAACAACAUACAUGAUCUAUGGAAGCGGCGAAGGGUUUGUAAGAUUAAAUGCAAAGGAGUUUGUACAGUUGAUAUGGAUAAUGUUUGCGAGCAAUUAGAGGAGAAAAUUGGUGGGAAGGUGAUAUACGGAAGAGGAGGUGUGCUUUUCCUAUUCCGUGGCAGAAACUAUAACCACAGGACAAGACCGCGGUUCCCUCUUAUGUUAUGGAAGCCUGUAGCACCUGUUUAUCCAAGGCUGAUUCAACAAGUGCCUGAGGGUUUAACUCUUCAGGAAGCUACUGAGAUGCGGAGGAAAGGACGAGAGCUCAUGCCCAUAUGCAAGCUAGGGAAGAAUGGUGUGUAUUGUGACCUUGUGAAAAAUGUUAAAGAAGCAUUUGAAGUUUGUGAAUUGGUUCGGAUCGAUUGUCAAGGGAUGAAAGGCAGUGAUUUUAGGAAAAUCGGUGCCAAACUCAAGGACCUUGUUCCAUGUGUGCUCAUUUCUUUUGAAAACGAGCAGAUUCUUAUCUGGAGAGGACGAGAAUGGAAAUCGUCUCUCACAAUUCCAGAUAAAAAGGAUGAUAUCCUUGAAGAUAUCGAAGUUGAUGCUGCCUUGCCGGAAGAUGAUGAACCAUCGGUAUCACCAAACCAGACUCAAACUGUGACCCAGAACCCUCCUCUGGAUUCUAUGGAAUUAGAAAAUGAUCCAGGUGGUCACGAUUUGAGCCCUUCAACUGUAGAUUUCUCGGCAAUGGAGGGCACAAGCAGUUCUUUACAGAGCCCGUCUACAAAAGAUGUAACUGAGCCAACAGCAGAUAGUUCUAUUCAAGACCACGAAGAACCUGAACACGAACCAGAAACAUCGGAAGAAAUCAGCAAACAAAGCAUAGAGAGAGUUCUGAAUCUGAUGAAACAAGCUGUGGAGAGCGGGACUGCGCUUGUGUUAGAUGCUACUGAUCUGGACGCAGACACAGUCUUUGCAAAAGCUGUCGCCUUUUCGACUGUAGCUUCCCCGGGACCAGUUUUCCAGCAUGGCUUGAGAAAACAACCAACGGUUAAGAAGCAGGAAACUCGAGAAUUCGGGUACCGAAACUUGGAGGCAAAAUCAAGUAAUGUUGUGGUUUCUGGGAAAAGAGAAGUUGCAGUGAGUGGGGAAAGAGAGGAGAAGGAGGGAUUGAAGAAGAAAAUGGACGAGUUUGCUGAAGAUUAUAGAGAAGUAAUACCACUUGGAACAUUGAAGCUAGAUGAACUAGCUAAACUACUUGCAUAAUGAGAUUAUCUGUAUGUUAUCUGUAUUUGUUGACUAGUGUAUAAUGUAGUCUAAUCAUCAUUAUCAAAAGUGUAAUUUUGAGGGGAAAAAAAAUAUGUAUCUUAGGAAUUUUUAAAUUUAAGGAAUUCAAAACAAAUAUAUAAGGUAGUUCACA